AUGUCACCACCGUCGCACGGCUUUCCGGCCGGGCAGCUGCCUUUGCAGGUGCAGAUCGGUCCGGAUGGGAAGGUGCGCAAGACGGCGGACGGGCGGAGGAUCGAUCUGGCCAACGACUGCGAGCUGCUCGGCCUGGUGCAGUACGACUGCCACGUGCCCCGCCCCGAGAUGGACCACAGCCCAGUCAAGUGCUGGCCCGUCCAGCGCUGGUUUCGCAGGUGCCAGAGCAAAAACGGCAAAUUUAUGGUUGAGACAACCGCCUGGGAA